AUGAGGAAGAAGCCGAGGAAGGGAUGCGACUGCAAGCGCUUCAUGCAGAACAACUGGCUCCUCAUCGCCACGGUCCUCUCCGUGGUCUUAGGGAUCGGAAUUGGGGUCUUGGUGCGAGAAUACAGCAACUUUUCCAAUCUGGAUAAAUUCUACUUUGCCUUUCCUGGAGAAAUUCUAAUGCGGAUGCUGAAACUCAUCAUUUUGCCAUUGAUUAUAUCUAGCAUGAUCACAGGUGUUGCUGCUCUGGACUCCAAUGUGUCUGGGAAAAUUGGUUUGCGUGCUGUUGUGUAUUAUUUCAGUACUACUGUCAUCGCUGUAAUUCUAGGGAUUGUGCUGGUAGUAAGCAUCAAGCCUGGUGUGUCCCAGGAAGCAGAUGAAAUUGAUAGGGUGGGCAGCACGCCUGAAGUCAGCACAGUGGAUGCCAUGUUAGACCUGAUCAGGAAUAUGUUCCCAGAGAACCUCGUACAGGCCUGUUUUCAACAGUACAAAACCAAGCGUGAGGAACUGAAGCUUCCAGGUACACUGGAAAGAGGCAGCAUGACAGAAGAGCCUGUCACAAUGAUGAUGACAACUGCAAUUUCAAAGAAUGAAACAAAGGAGUACAAAAUUGUGGGCAUGUAUACCGAUGGCAUAAAUGUCCUGGGCCUGAUUGUAUUUUGUCUCGUCUUUGGAAUUGUUAUUGGGAAAAUGGGAGAAAAGGGCCAGGUUCUGGUCGACUUCUUCAAUGCUCUGAAUGAUGCUACUAUGAAAAUAGUUCAGAUCAUCAUGUGGUAUAUGCCAUUGGGAAUUUUGUUUCUGAUUGCUGGGAAGAUCAUAGAAGUUGAAAACUGGGACAUUUUUCGCAAACUGGGGCUAUAUAUGGCUACAGUACUAAGCGGGCUUGCAAUUCAUUCCAUCGUCAUUCUCCCGUUGAUCUACUUGAUUGUUGUGAGAAAAAACCCUUUUCGAUUUGCCAUGGGGAUGGCACAGGCUCUGCUGACAGCCCUCAUGAUCUCUUCCAGCUCAGCCACUUUGCCCGUCACCUUUCGCUGUGCAGAAGAAAACAACCACGUAGACAAGCGGAUCACCAGAUUUGUCUUACCGGUUGGAGCCACAAUCAACAUGGAUGGAACUGCUCUCUAUGAAGCAGUGGCAGCCGUGUUUAUCGCGCAACUCAAUGACUUAGAUUUGGACAUCGGUCAAAUAAUCACCAUUAGCGUGACAGCCACUGCCGCAAGCAUUGGGGCUGCGGGAGUCCCCCAGGCAGGGCUGGUGACCAUGGUGAUUGUGCUGAGCGCCGUUGGACUUCCCGCCAAAGACGUUACCUUGAUCGUUGCUGUCGAUUGGCUUCUGGAUCGCUUCCGAACAAUGGUAAAUGUCCUGGGCGAUGCUUUUGGAACUGGCAUUGUGGAGAAGCUUUCUAAAAGAGAGCUGGAGCAGAUGAGCAGCGCAUCUGAGGUCAACAUUGUGAAUCCCUUUGCCUUAGAACCAACGAUGCUCGAUAAUGAGGAAGCAGAGUCUAAGAAAUCUUACAUCAAUGGAGGCUUUGCCAUAGAUAAAACCGACACUAUCUCAUUCACCCAGACAUCGCAGUUUUAGAGCUCCUAGGCCCUAGCUGCCUGAGAAAAAUUUAAGGACAUCAGCAGUGUGAGCUUUGAGCAGGCUAAAAGAUAAUUAAGAAAAAAGUUAAUGAACAACUUGACUCCAUUUGAAUUUUUUUAAACACAGACUUUCAGGUCCUUAAAAAUAAUUGGGUUACUCCCAGCUUUUGCUCCACCUGAAGGAUGGGGCAGUCGAUUAGAAAGAAAGUUGUAAGAUCUAAAUUGUUUUCAGUCAUGUAAAAGUGACAAAAUUUUGAAGUGUCUGAAAUGGCGCUAGGCAAAAUCAUGGCAGUGAAGAGGAGCAAAGUGUUUUCUCAGGCUUAGUGCUGUGUUUCCCAUUUUUCAAACGCGCUGCUGUAGAAAUUUACUCGAGCUUUCUCUUUCCUGUGGUUUCUUUGCCUCUCACAUUUUGAUAGAUUACACCACAUUUUUUUUAACAGCCCGCUUGGUAGCGUGCCAAAUUGUCAGUUUUGCACUUAUCUUAAGCCAGUCUCAAGCAAACUUUUUGGAAAGGAAGAAAAGAACAGCAGAGUCCUGCAAUAAACAUUUUUUUUGAACAUUUUAAGGUCUUUUUUUUUUCUUUUAAUGAACUCUAUCGGGACACUAGGAGAGAUCCCUCCAGUCAGUGUUCAGUAUAGAGCUAGGUAUGUGUGUAUAUAUAUACAUAUAUAUUUUUUCAUUAUUGGCAUUAAAAAGCAGAACUGAGCUGUCAGUGUGAAACAGAAGUGCUCGUCUGGUACUUGACCAGUUACCUACAAAGCAGAAUUUUCUGCCUAAUUAGGCCUCCUUUGGCAUUUUAGAACGUCUCCUAGAGGGAACACAGUAAGAAGCCACUAUCGUUGUUUUAUUAUCAUCACCUCUGUGUACUAUCAGUUCCAAGUUGGGAGAUGAGUCAAUCAAUCAAUCGAUGCUAUUUAUUGAGCGCCUUCUGUGUGCGGAGCACUGUACUAAGCGCUUGGGAGAGUACGCUGUAACAGAGUUAGUAGACGCAUACCCUGCCCACACAAUCAAAGAUGCCAAGGCCUUUAUUAUUAAGAUUUCUGAAUUCUCCCUGCUAUGGAGAAAAAAAAGCUACACCUCUGCUUAAGAAAGUAUAGAAAGAGGCCCAUCAGCUUGCUUCUUCCAUGGCUGAACACACACCUGUUAGCAGACGCCGUCGCCGCCGUGUCCUUGUCCUUUUGCACCCAUAAAUGUCUGUGCGACUGUGCCAAUCAGCUGUGUCCUAUUUUAUUAAGUGUUCAUGGACUAAAAACACCGCUCGUCCUUGCGAUGGGAACCAACCGUGGAGAGAGUGACAACCACGUAUUUCUUUGGAGAGGCAUACCCAGAUCUACUGGUUUUUACUCUCUUGACUUGUACCUCGCCUACUCGAUGAAACUCAUGCCUAGACACUCCCUCUUUGUAAAUAACACUGCAUACAAAAUUGCACUUACUCUCUCAUCCAAAAUAGUCAAAUUCCUACAACAUUUGGAUUAAAUUGACUGUUUUUAUAUUUAAGAAAACCAGAAAUGUGCCAAAGAAGUUUGAAAAAGAACUAAAUGUUCGAUACUGAGUAACUGCACCUUAAAAUUAAGUCUGUGAGACAUACUACUGUACGUAAUUCAUUUUAAUAGCAUCAGUGAUUAACAGUAAUAGAGUGUGAAGCUAAAGCUAUAUGUGUGGCUAUUGUUCAUAGAAAGCAAGUAUAUAAAUGGAGUGAAAUCAAUCAUUUGCUGUGCAGACUAACUAUGCCACCUUGAGACUCCUCUCUGAUGAAAAGAACUAGAGAAAUGAGUUUCCAGAGCUGUUUGUUAACUGUGAAUUAUUGUUGUUUUAAAGUCAGUUUGUAACUUACCUUUUUAACUGUGCUAUCUCAUCUAUGAAGAUAAUGCUCAAUCUCAAUUCAAAUCUAAAUAAAUAUUCUGUCAUCCUGU